CACAUUGGCCAGCAUUGAGCCAGCCUCAAAGGUAUCAUACGUAAAACCAGAAGCAGCCGUGUGCGUCAAGUUUACAGAUCAAGAACGCCAAGUGCGAGUUCCAGUCCGUUUCAAGUUCGUUGUUGAAAGUACGGUUGAUUCAAAAACAUGAAUUCCAACCUGGUCAUUUUCCUCGUCAUCGUCGCUUGCGUCUGCGGACUCGUCGUCGGUCUCCCUUCCGACUUUCGUUACCAGGAAUCGGAGCCCGCGACAACCAAGGAGUCCUGUGUCCUUCCAAUGGUCACUGGUAUAUGCAGAGCCAGAAUGCCGAGAUGGGGUUACGACCCUGAGAAAAAGGACUGCGUGAGCUUUUACUACGGCGGUUGUUUCGGCAACGCGAAUAAUUUCUUGACCAAGGACGAGUGCCUGAACGCUUGCAAAGAUAAUUGAUCACCCAAUCGCACACAAUUAAUGCACAUAGAUUUACCGAAGCUAUACAGGCAGUUGCUGCUUAAUCACCCACCUGUAAAUACCCGCUAUAUUAAUAACGACGUUAGCAUCGAGAU